UACUCUGAUCAUUUGUAACUAUCCAUGCCCCCCUCUGCAAUUCUUGUUCAUUUGGGAUGUGAUUGGCCUCUAAUGAUCGCCACCAACCACCCAGCCAUCCAGGCCACACCUCACCACCACCACCACCACCCUACUCUCCCACCUCCGCAGCCGAAAUCCAUCCUCGCUCACCAUCAGAGCUAAAUUAACCUCGCACCCCCGAAAUGAUCCGCUCGCCGCGCCCCACAUUGCCCGCAAAUCCAACCCUUUCGGGCCCAAUCACUCCCCAAAUCCACCUUUUUCGUCACUCCAUCCUGUCCUAAAUCCCCUCCUCAGUCCUCCCCACCCCCAAAGUCCUACCUUUCCCACUGCACCCCCUGCAGAGAUUCUUGGCCACUUUGAUUGCCCGCCUAUUCGUUUCCUGCGAAAAUCCGCUCUAGCUCACCAAAUUCCCUGCAAAACCCGUCUUUUUGGCGAUUUUUUUUUCUUUGAAAUUUUCGUUCUUGAGCGUCCAAUUCUGCUCGGGCUCCGGGGAGAUCCACCGUUUCUGCUUGCGCCAGGAGGGAGCUGGGCAGCGCGGCGCCCAUGUCGGACUCCGAGCUGUCCCAGGGCACGCUGGUGUUCGGGCUCCACCUCUGGGAGGUCGUCGGCAUCGGUGUCGGCGCCGCCUUCGUGCUCCUCCUCGUCCUCCUCUCCCUGCUGUGCCUGCUCGCGUCCCGCCGCCGCCGCCGCCGCCGCGCCGUCCCGGCCACCCCCGUCCUCCACCUCCCCGUCGUCGUGCCCAAUGCCCAGCCCAAGCACGCCGCCAAGCCCCCCAAGGACAUCCAGGAGGUGCCCUACCGCGGCGCCGCGGCCCCCGCCGCCCCGCUCAAGGCGCCGCUCGCGCAGGUGCUCCAGGCGCCGCCGCCGGACUCCAUCCAGAUCGAGACCGGGAAGGAGCACCGCAUCACGUUCCCGGAGCAGCCGCCGCCGCAGCACCACCAGCGGAGCGGGGGGCCGUCGUCGCGUGGCGCCAGCGGCGAGAGCCGCGGCGGGGGCGGGGAGCCGGGGGUCCCGGAGGUGUCCCACCUGGGGUGGGGCCACUGGUACACGCUCAAGGAGCUGGAGGACGCCACGUGCAUGUUCGCCGACGAGAAGGUGAUCGGCGAGGGCGGCUACGGCAUCGUCUACCACGGCGUGCUUGAAGGCGGCGUGCAGGUCGCCGUCAAGAAUCUCCUCAACAACAGGGGGCAGGCAGAGAGGGAAUUCAAGGUUGAGGUGGAAGCGAUUGGGCGGGUGCGGCACAAGAACCUGGUGCGGCUGUUAGGAUACUGUGCUGAAGGGAACCAGAGGAUGCUUGUGUAUGAGUAUGUCAAUAAUGGAAACUUGGAGCAAUGGCUUCAUGGUGAUGUUGGUCCUGUGAGCCCUCUCACAUGGGAUAUCAGAAUGAAGAUUAUUUUGGGAACAGCAAAAGGCUUAAUGUAUUUGCAUGAGGGACUUGAACCAAAGGUGGUUCACCGUGAUGUCAAGUCAAGCAAUAUUCUCCUUGACAAGCACUGGAAUGCUAAGCUUUCUGAUUUUGGGCUAGCGAAGCUUUUGGGUUCAGAGAGGAGUUACGUCACAACCAGGGUCAUGGGGACAUUUGGGUUAGACAUCAACACACUACCUACAAAGUUAGGAUCACACAAUAUAUACAAGAAUGUGUUGGCUUAUUUUUAUCUUAUUAUUUGCAGGUAUGUCGCACCAGAAUAUGCGGGCACUGGCAUGCUGAAUGAAACUAGUGAUGUCUAUAGCUUUGGAAUCCUUAUCAUGGAAAUAAUAUCUGGACGGGUUCCUGUUGAUUACAACAGGCCACCAGGGGAGGUUAACCUUGUUGAAUGGCUGAAGACAAUGGUCAGCAACCGAAAUUCUGAAGGGGUUUUGGAUCCGAAGAUGACUGAGAAGCCUACUUCUAGGGCAUUGAAGAAGGCUUUGCUAGUGGCUCUACGGUGCGUAGAUCCUGAAGCUCGCAAGAGGCCAAAGAUCGGGCAUGUCAUUCACAUGCUUGAAGUUGAUGAUUUUCCCUACAGAGAUGAACGUCGCGGUGGCAAGGCUCCAACUCAAGGGAGAUCGGUCGAAACACCUACAAGUGAACCGGGUGAUAGCAGUGGGAACAACACGCCAAAAGACGCACCGAAAGGAGGAGAGCCUUUCAAAUGGAGAACUCAAGAGACCUAGCAAUCAGGAAAAGCAGCGAUUGUUCCGAGUCUUCAUGCCCAUCCGAAAAUCUGUAUGCUGCGAGGCCACAAAAGGCUCAUUUUCUGUCUCGUCGGUUGGUCAGUUGGGCACACAAGCUCUGCAAGCACCAAUGGUGAUCGUCGUGACAGUAUCUGUACAUUGUCGGAUCAAUAUGUUAGGCAUAGUGAUUUUUUGGUUGUUUUGUUCUGGGUCGUAUUUAUGCGGGAGUUGAUUUGUAUGGUAAAGGCGUGUCUACUCUUGAGGUGGGCAAAGAUUAUUGAGCAUUGCUAUAGCUGAAAACCGUUGUACUAGGAUUGGCCAAUGGCAUCCAAACCAUGCUGCCACACUUGCUGAUGCCCAGAGUCCGGGCAGUAGGAUUAUUGACCAACGGCAUCAGAAACUCUGGGCAUAUAGUUCUCAGUUUCUGAUGCCACACUUGCUGCGGUUCCUGUCAUAUGACACUGAUUAUGCAACUGCCCAGACUGAAUGCUCAAG